AUCCUUGUGGUUUCGUCGAAUUUCUCGGUUUACUUACAGCUUUAUUUACAUUUAUCGAAAUUAGAAAACGAAAUAGUUUUAUACCCAUCCAUUUUCAAUACGUUUCGAUUGAGAAAUAGUGUUCAAUGUGACUAGAAAAGAGCUUAAAUUUGUGGCAAAGCGGCCUUCAAUACGCACAGAUUCACAGACAUUUUUCCAAAUGUAUUGUUUUGAUAGAUAAUGGAUCCGAGAAUGUGCAGAAAAAUCAGUAGUAGUGAAAGUCUUCCAGAUGCUGAAAAUGUGGAAUACGAAGUUGCGAGCAUCAUCGCGCCGCAAGAGAGCGAGGAAAACCUGCUGGAGGGCAGCCCCGAGCUGCGCUCCGUCACCUGGCUGGACGACGACCAGAUCGAGGACCUAGAUCUUAAUUUAGACCAAACUAACCUAUUUUUCCAUAGAGUCGAUAGUGCAGAUAUAAUUUAUAGAAGUAAGAAGAAAAAAUGCAAAAUGGUCGGGAAAUACGUUAUGGGGGACAUAUUAGGGGAGGGUUCGUACGGGAAAGUCAAGGAGAUGUUGGACUCGGAGUCGCUGUGCCGGCGCGCGGUGAAGAUCCUGAAGAAGCGUAAGCUUCGCAGAAUACCCAAUGGAGAGCAGAAUGUGCAGCGCGAGAUACAGCUGCUCCGGAUACUUAGACAUAAGAAUGUGAUAGAACUAGUCGAUGUUUUAUUUAAUGAUGAAAAACAGAAGAUGUACCUUGUCAUGGAGUUCUGUGUGGGUGUGCUACAGGACAUGUUAGAGUCAAGUCCGGGCAAGAAGUUCCCGCAGCAGCAAGCCCACGAUUACUUCACGCAGCUACUAGACGGGCUGGAGUACUUGCACGGGCAGGGAGUUGUGCACAAGGACAUCAAGCCGGGGAACCUGCUGCUGACUCUCGACUCCACGCUGAAGAUUACAGAUUUUGGUGUAGCUGAGGCACUAGACAUGUUCUUGCCGGAGGACACGUGCUACACUGGGCAGGGCUCGCCCGCCUUCCAGCCACCGGAGAUCGCUAACGGCGCUGAGCAGUUCUCGGGCUUCAAAGUCGACAUUUGGAGCAGCGGCGUCACACUAUACAACAUGACGACGGGCCGCUACCCGUUCGAGGGGGACAACGUGUACCGGCUCCUGGAGGCGAUCGGUCGCGGCGAGCCGGCGCCGCCGCCUGCGAACUUAGGGCCCACAUUACGGUCCCUACUUAUUGCGAUGUUGCAGCGCGAGCCGCUGCGGAGGCCUAGCGUUCAUGAGAUCAGGAGACACGAAUGGGUUCAAGCGACGCCGCCGCUGGAGGCCGGCGAGCGAGCAGUGAGCCCUCGAUCACGGCGCUCCGACGACCUGCACACCUCCACCGUGCUGCCCUACCUCGUAGAGCGGCACUACGGCUCGCAGGACUACUUCACCGGCGACCUGCACCACGGUCAGUGCCACAUCAUCUCAGGCGAGCGACCCUCCACGACCUGCACACCUCCACCGUGCUGCCCUACCUCGUGGAGCGGCACUACGGCUCGCAGGACUACUUCACCGGCGACCUGCGCCACGGUCAGUGCCACAUCAUCUCAGGCGAGCGACCCUCCACGACCUGCACACCUCCACCGUGCUGCCCUACCUCGUGGAGCGGCACUACGGCUCGCAGGACUACUUCACCGGCGACCUGCACCACGAACUCGGCGACGGUGGCUCCCGCACUCUGUCUACAGCUGAAUUAUCGGAGCAGUCGUCACGCAAGCACCGCUGGCACUCCGCCUGCGGUCGUCUCCCCUCCUGCCGCCUCACGUGAUCCAACUGUCCCCGACCCACUAUCAAGGACCAUUAAGGUUUAGUCGCCAUACAAUACCUCCAGAACUCGAUGGUGGCUCCAGCACUCUAUCAGCAGCUUAAUCACCUUCUAGGACCAGCCAUUCUACAGUUGCUAAAACGGGAAUAUUACUUGGGUAGAUACACUUUUUCUUGACACUUAUUGCCAUGGUUACAUUUCCUUGCCGCCUCAGGUGAUCCUUGCGUCUAAAACCCAUUAUCUGGGACCAUUGCGAUGAAUUCGCCAAUUGCCAUACAAUAAACACAGAACUCGAUUGCUCCCGCGCUCUAUCUAAAGCUUAAUUGUAUGAGCAGUCUUCACUGCUGGCACUCCGCCUGCCUCCCUGCCGCCUCACGUGAUCCAAUCGUCUCCGACCCACUAUCUAGGACCAUUGUGAUUAACACCUACCACCUACAUAACUCGAUUGCUCCCGCAUUCUAUCUUCAGCUGAACUAUCCGAGCAGUCGUCACUCAAGCACCGCUGGCACUCCGCCUGCGGCCGUCUCCCUUCAUGCCGCCUCUCGUGGUACAUGCGUCUAAAACCCACUAACUAUUACCAGUACAUUCUCUACUCACCAAACAAGGAACAUUAUUUGGAUGGAUGAACUUUUUCUUGACACUUACCUUGGUUACGUCUCCUACCUUACGUGAUCUAAUCUAGAACCAUUGCAAUUCGGUUGCCACACAAUACUUACAGAACUCCAUUGCUCCCGCACUCUAUCUGCAGCUGAAUUAUUUGUGCAGUCCGUCUUCGACCCACCGUCUAGGACCAGUAAUUCUGCAGUCGCUAAACCAGGAAUAUUACUUUGGUGGAUACACUUUUUCUUGACACUUGUUGCCUUGGUUACAUCUCCCUGCCGCCUCACGGAAUCCAACCGUCUCCGACCCAUUAUCUAGGACCAUUCAUUGUGCAGUCACCAAACAAGGAGCGUUACUAAGCGGUCCGGAACUUUACUUGAGUGGAUUAACUUUUUCUUGAGACUUGCUAUGGUAUCGCCUCCUGUCGCCUCACGUGCAUCUGAAACCCACUAUCUAGGACCAUGGCGAUUUAGUCGCCCACACAAUACCUACAAAUUUUGACGAUUGCUUUCGCGCCCUAUCUACCUACAACGGAAUUGUGGGAUCCAUUGGCCCGCGAAUUUACACCAUUCUUUUGUCGCCAUUUAUAUAACCUAAGUAUUAGAUCAAAACUUACGGUAAAAUAUGUGAGUGAAACUAACGGCCCUCAAUUAUUGUUGUAGGUAAUUUAAGAUUUGAUGUAAAAUGAAUGUAAAUUAAUUUUAUGGUUGAUGUAAAUGUAUUGUAAUUAUGACAAGAUGCCAAUAGUGUGCGCCGUAGCGAACGAAACGCUAAUGUCUCCCUGUCGCACUAAUAUGGAAGAGUGAUAGAGAGAAAUUACCGUUUCGUUCUCUACGGCGCAAACAAUGAGGGCUAUCGUUUUCUUGCUCACCAGUUGGCGCCUCUGUUGAUGGUGGUCCAAAAGACUAAAGAACAGCUGUCAGUCUCAGUCAUUGAAGUGACAAGUGACAUUUGACAUUUCGAACUAUGGAAAAGACCCCCCUAGCGCCCCUAGCGGCGAAUUCAUACGCGUUAGCCCUCAUUGGCAUCUUAGCUAGGUCCUCUGUACUAACGCAGUUUGGUUCGUUCAUGUGCUUUUCUUUAUUGCUCGGAUUUUAUUCGCUAUUUGUAUGUAGAUAUAUUAUGGUUUUCAUUUUCGUGUAAGCCCCUAUAAUUUAAAUUUUUGAUUUACAAUUAACAAUUUUUUUACUAAUAUACCUAAUAUUACUGUAAAUGACAUUGUUAUACUUAAGGGCUUUAAGUGUUUUCGGCAAAGAAAAAGAAUUUUAAUUGUAACAGAUACUGAAGGGUAUUAUUAUUUAACAUUUGCAUACACAAUUUUGUAAUCGCUAUCAGAUAUCUUAGAGCAAACAAGCGCUUAGAAACAUUUGAGCACGAACUUAUUCAGGACGUUAUAAAUCGUUCGGUUAUUUUUGAGUGCGUGUUUGAUGGCGACUACAGGCUUAGAAAGUUCUUGAACUUUGUCUUGUCUAUACCUCAUGACAAUAAAUACGAAAUGAUAUUGAUAAUGCACGAAAGAUAUAAGCUAUAAUACAUAUAAAAGAGGUACUAUCCAGAUAUACAAACAACGUAUAAAAUAUCUAAUUAAAUCUGUGUAACCCUUAACUCCUAUGUAGUAUAAUCAAAGAUUCAAAGAGGAUAUAAUAAGAUAGAGCGGUACUGUCAUAGUAAAUUUUGUAACUACUGUAAAUUCACUGCCAUCUAUCGACAUACUUUAAAACUAAAAAUGAAGAUUUAUAAAAAUACGUUAAAAUGUAUUUAAAUAUGGAUAAAUGAUUUUUUUUAUUUGCAUUGAUUAUUUUUAUAUGGUUUUGACCCAUGUUCUUUAACGGACAUGCGUUAAAAUUAUAAAUAACAAACGAAACCGUCAACGCCCUCUAUACGAGAGUAGGCCAAAGCUAGUGGCGUCAUCUGAUCGAGAACCAAAUUUUCGUGAUUUUCGAGGCACGUUUUUUCCUUAGACUGUAUCCAUCUAUUACGGAGUUAUAUCUAUCUUUGGUAUAAUACAUAAAAUGUUGUAGUCUACUGACCAUUAGUAUCCCUUGUUGCAACGACAUAAGGACCAUUUGUCGUGAAAUUUGUAUGUUUUGUUUGUGCGUAGGUACCGAUAAAGUAACGGAAUUACUCGGUUAUCAUGUCACAAGCGGGUCCGUACGCCACUCCGGAGUUUGAGCAAGACAGUGCUAUGCACAUAUGUAAUUAGCAUGGACGAAUAAAACAACUCAUAGUGUUUACACAAAGUCGCGUUCCUCUAAAAUUCAGCGCCCUCUAUUGAAUGAAAGUUGAGUUAUUUUGACCAGAGGUCUUAAGCACCGAUCAUAAUGGACGGAACUAAAUCUUCUGGUCAAAAUAACUCAGUUUCCGUUCUAUAGAUGUCAGUGCCGAAUCAGUUUCCGUUCUAUGUAUGGCGCUGCGGAAAGCGAACCCGAAAUCAGCGAUCUCAGUGCCGAAAAAUAUGGAUGGGACUGAGACCUGCGCUAGUGACGCCAACUGGCAAUAACCUGAAUAUUGGAGGAGCGCGUUUUUGUAUAGACGUUGUAGGUCUUGUUUUAUUCGUCCAUGGUAUAUAAUGUUAAUGAUGUCCCACUCGCAGAGCGGCGUGCUGAUCCGCAUCCAAUAUGAAGACCGCUUUAUUGUUUUGGGAUAUUUUUUCAAAGACCGUAAAGCUGCUCUCGGCAAGACAAAAUUUCACUGCCGCUUACGAUUUGACGGGCAUCGUACAGUUAUCGCAUGUACAUGGUCUUUCUCUUGGUAUCGUUGAGGCUAGACUAUUAAAUACAAUGGAUGUGUCAAAAGAAACCAUGUCUCUAGAUAUGCCAAGUCCAAAGAAACAAACCACAAACUUUUGUAUGGUUGGAAACAGUUGCCGUCUCUUUGAAGGGUGAUCUCUUGAAAGUAUCUGUACUGUUAUAUUAGCUUGAAAGCAGCUGUUGUUACUUUUAAGACAAUCAGAGUUUAGAAAGAAGUGCAAUACGAAUGUUGGGUCAUUAAACCUUUUCGACGCCGUAUCAAAAGCUGUCACUCAAACCCCACGUCACCGAAGUGUCAAAACUGAAGUUGAACUUUAUGCAUAUGCACGUAGGUCUAUGUUUCUAUUGUUGCUCUGUGGUCAGUGACGGAUUAAUCCGUCUUCGGCGUUGGACCUACGGUGUGCAUAUACCCGUCAUUGGUGUCAAAAAGGUUAAGGUCGAGAUAUUUCGCGCCUCGAGAGGUGACGAGAAGUGAGUACAUUGAAGUUAAUAUUCUUGCACUGUAGAAUAAAAUAAAUAAAUAAACAAGUUAAAUUUCGUAGUAUUAUAUUUAUAAUAGGGUUUGUUAACUAAUGGGAUUUCACAGAAUCUUAUUUAUAUAUGAAGUGUCGAAUACUUUGGGGACGUUGAAGUAUAAAUAUACAUCGCAACUGGUCGAUGCGAUUUUCUUUUGGGUGUUGCAAUUAACGAAUGUGUUAUAUGACAUAAUAAAUGGUAUUGUGUAAAUGAGAUAGCAUUAAAAGCAAUGAAUUAUUGGUUGUAGAAGAGCCAUCAAAUUUAGGAAAAAAAUCGUUGCCCUUAGUUCGACAGAUAGCGCUAUAAGGCGCCAUCUGUCGAACUAAUUGUAACGGAAUAGUUGAUUUUGUGUUGAGUUUUUUCCCCGAGGUCCUACUCAACAUCAAGGUUCGAUAGGAUUCCUCGAGGAGCCGGGCUGGCAGGACUAGCCCACCCCGCCAUGUCACGCAAAAUAGGCGCCAGUCGUCGAAUUUCGGAAAAUCGCCCGAACUACAAUACAAUAGUUGAUUUUAAGGGGGUUUAAUGCUAACUGAAUAGAUCUUGAAACUCGUGUUACGAUUUCUCUUCUCUUUGAAUAAAAGUUAUGUGUGGCAUACUAAGUGUACCGAUACAACACGGCAAUCGAUCUUGUUAGUUUAAUUCUCUUGAUUUUAAUUAGUAUCCAUAUUAAUUUGAGCUUCACUGUAUAGUGCUUAUAUAAAUUCGAAUAAAUCCUAUGUUCGGAAUAAAUAUUGGGUAUUUAUGAUCCACUUAAGGCCAUUAAAUGUAUAGGUAUCGUUUUGUAAUAAUGCAAAACAUGAUCUUAAGCGGAUCAUCAGUAUUUAUAUCUGUGUCGUAACCAUGGCUAAGUGUAUGAAUGGCGCUACACGGCGGCUAAAGGUCACUUUAGUUAAUUGUCAGUGGACGAAAGUUCACAUUUUUGUUCAAAGUUUGUUGCUUUUAGUUCCCCCACUAUACUUUCGUAAAUAGCCAAUUCACGUCUCUAAUCUGGAUGCCGAUUCCGAUGUAACAAUUUGUGAAGGUUUGUUAAAAUACUACCUUGACGAUCGCUUCACUUCGAACGACGAUCGAUUGGUGAGCGCGAAAUGGACUGCAUGAAGUUGUGUCAUUAGGCAUCUCGCUCGCACUAAUUAUUGCGCGUGUAAAUCGCGUCAAGAUCGUAUCAUAAUAAGAUCAAAAGUUUAACAAAUUGUAUAAUCAGAAUUGGCCUUUAGAUUUAUUAUUGCACAAGGUUUCUAUGUGAAGCUGGUUACGUGGAUCUCAAAUUGAGGAAUGGUGUAUGAUUAUUGUUAUUUUUUACAGUGUGAGUUGUUGAUGUAUCUCUGUCUAUAGUUCUUGCCAUAUUGCGACUCACACUUCAUUACAUCUGUUUAUCGGUAUAAUCCAUUCGCCGAUUUAUUGUCAAUUCUCGGGUUCCUAUCAUUAUCGCUUAAACACAUGACAUGAACGCUAAAUGUUGCAUUCAGCAUAUUCUAGCAGUAAAACAUUUGGAUCUUAGAGUCUUUAUUUAUUACUUUUAAAAAAUGGUUUUAAAUAUUUGAUUUUCUCCUUUGGGUAUUGUUUGCAUUCAAACGAUUUAUAUUUCCAGACGUCUUGUAUCUUGCUCAUGCUAAUUUCUUGUCUAUAUUGUCUUUAGGCGAUAUGUCAAUAAUUCUGAUAGGUAACCAAAUCUCGCUUAACCAUAGUAGAUAGGGGAUAUGGUUGUUUUGAUUGUUAACUUUAAAGCAAAGAGUUAUUAAUUGUAGAUUAAUAGGUGAAAAGUGUAAUAAAAAAUCGUGCUAAUAAUUGCUCGAGGCGAACGGAGCCGAAAACGCCCGAACGCUCUAGUUUCGCCCUACUGUGCCGCACUGGUACGGGGCCGUAUAGCAUCAAUAGCAUUAUUCACUUUAACUGUCAGUCGAAGCACGAAUUUUUCGUAGACUACGAUUAUUAACUGUUUGCUUUUUAGUGAAGUACAAGUUACUGUGUGAUCGCUGCAAACUUAAUUAUUUGCUAACUGUCCCAAUACUUUUAUUUUAGCGUACAAAGCAGCCGUUUGUUGAAGUGUCGGUUUUGGUUUAACUUUAUCGGAAGCAAUGAUAGAUAAUAUUUUUUAUAUAGUGUUUUUAGUUUUCUAAUAUCAGGUUUACUAUGUUUCUUCUUAAAUAUAGGCAGACCUCUCUUUUCCAAAUGCGAUGUGUUUUAUAUAAAAUUGUUUUAGCGGGUAGGUAUAGAUAUUAUUAAUGUAGAAUAAAAUUUCAUGUAGAUAAUUUUGAUGUUAAACGUGUCGAAUUAGUCAUAUUUAGAAUUGGUUUACACUAGCCGACUUACUUAAUACACUUCUUCGUCCAAACGAUAAAUUGAGGCCUGACAAAAUGAUAAAAAAGCUUCAGUAAAUGCUGCUGAUUGAGGGUCCUAUGAUAAACUGAUUUAGAAAAUAAAAUACAUCAGCUCGACGUUUGAUCAUCAGAACCACUUCAGCCACAUCUAGUGUAGUUUUGUUACUACGGCUCGAUUUUUCUUUGACUUAGCACUAGCAGGUUUGUUGUUAUCUGUGUUUAUAUCUAGCUGAUUUGUUGUUUGCUGAUUAUAACAAUCGAGCAUUACUAAACGAUACUUUGUGUGAACCGACUCUGCCGUGACAUAUAUUGACGUGUAUUGUUGUUCGAUCUAACUCAGGGUUUCCCAACCUUUUUCGAUCGAGCAUCCCUAAACUAAAUGUCAUGUUCUCAAUUCAACAUGGAAAAAUAAAUUCCACGGCUCUAAUUUCCUUGCCACGUACCCUAGGGGGUGCUCAAUUGGUUAGGAACACCCGAUCUAAGGCCUUGGUCUCCGGUUGUAGGUACUGGAAGAUAGUACAGUCGCCAUCAUAUAUAUCGGAGCGGCCAAAGUGCUCACAAGUAUCUGAACACACCUUUGUUGUCAAGGCGUUAGGGUGCGUGUUCAGAUAUUGUGGACACCUUGGCCUCUCCGAUAUAUCUGAUGGCGACUGUACCAUUUCUAUAGAACGUGAAUUUGUACUCAGCGUUACUUACGGCGCCAACCGGGGCCAAGACCUUAACGCGGUUAUUACACUGAUGCGCAUUCGCAGUUCGGCCCGUUGUGCGAGCGAGACAGCGCUAUGCACGUGUAUAGCGCUGUCUCGCUCACACACCGAAUCGGCAUGCGGAUCCACAUCUAAUGUCAAAGCCGCCUAAUAUUUUAAUUAAUUGUAUUUCUAGUUUUGUACUUAGCGUUUACCUCUGUUAGUAUUCGGUGUGCGCGCAGUUGUUACGUUGUUCUAGGUGGUUAGGACUGUUCAGCCAUAUUGUAUUCGAGAUUAUAGCGCGGAUGAUCUCACAUCGCCAAAGGCGCUUUAUUUGAAAAACUCAAAUAGUCUUAUUAGAUAUAUGUAUACCUGUUAGGUUAUCGUGAGGUAAAAGUGAGGUCUGAUUUAUAUGGUAAAGUAUAUAUGUAUUAUGUUUACGCUUUAGAACUAAAAACAGAUAAUGUACAGUGCCUGACUGAACUGAUAAUGUGAAACAAAACAAAGAGAAUAUUAAUAUAUUGUAAAUAAAAAGCGAAAAAUAAUGUAA